CCAAGGAGCUUCUCAGCCCGCCCGCAGUCGCUGCGGAGCCCGGCAGAGUGACAGCAACCCCACACCCCCUCUGCAGAGGAGCUGCUUGAGUUCAGGAGCCAUGGAAGACGAAGGGUCCCACGCAGAGCCCGGCAGCGUGUCGGUCAGUGUAUCUGGCAGCACCCACACCCUCCCACAGUUGCAGCCCGACAACACGGAGCUGCAGAUCAGCCCGUCCUCCGCCCCCUGCUCCCCGACCCCCACCGGGACCCUGAAGCGGCUCAGCCUGCGGGGCCCCCUGAGCCCCACCGCGGCCUCCGCGCCCUCCCCGCCCGGCCAGGUGAGCGCCAUCACGGUGGUGGCGCUGCUGGACAAGCUGGUGAACAUGAUGGAGGCGGUGCAGGAGAACCAGCAGAGGAUGGAGCAGCGGCAGUCCGACCUGGAGGGCGCCGUGCGGGUGGUGCAGGGCGACGUGGUGCGCCUCUCCAAGACCCACCUGUCCACCGCAAACAGCGUCAACAAGCUGCUGGAGCGCUCCCGCAAAGUCAACGGCAACGUGAAGGAGGUGAAGGAGCGUCUGGACAGGCAGGCGGUGCAGGUGAAGAAGCUGGAGGCCAACCACAACCACCUGCUGAAGAGGAACAACUUCAAAGUGCUCAUCUUCCAGGAAGACAAUGAGAUCCCUGCCAACGUGGUGGUCUCCCCCAAGACUCCCGUACCAAGCCAGUACGACGCAGAGUCCACCAUCCAGCCGGCUCCGUCUGUCACAGGAUCUAUUGACGGCAGCCGCACUCAGGAAGAGAUGCUCCAGAAGAUCAGCCUGUCCUCAGACGACGACCCUGACCUGGCCUGCGCUGCGUCGCAACGAGGCGAGGGCGACUCCCUGGAGUACGAUGUCUCCCCCAUCAAGUUCGAAAGAAGGUCUGACCGGUUCAAACGCUCCAGUCUGAAGAAGGUCGACAGCAUAAAGAAGGCCUUCACACAAGCCAAGAUCGGCGAGAAGGUAAACCAGAUCACCUCCAAGAUUGUUCCUCAAGAGAAGCGCGAGAAGAUCAAGAAGAGCUUCACCCCGAGCCACCCCAAAUCCCCAACCGCCAGGGCCUCCUCCUUCAAGAUUUCCCCAAUGACCUUCAACGUCAAGAAGGUCAGAGAUGGGGAUGCGCCUGCUCAAGAAAUGAAAUCCACAGAGGAAAAAGUCCACGUGGAAAUCCCUGCGCUGACUGGUCUGGGUGAUAAGAUUCCCUCAGGCGAGGUUCACAUCCAGGAAGAGGUGAUGAAGGAGGUGGUGGAGAGCCUGAGUCCGACCACGACGGAAACCAUCCAGGCAGAGGUGUCCGUCAACGGGAAGUCCUCCUCCAGCGUAGAGGCGGAGAUCAACGGCGAGGGUCUGGCUGGCCUGGCGGUUCCAGAGCACGAUGAAGAUAUUGGCGAGGAUGAGGAGGAGGAAGAUCAAGAGAAGCAGAAAAGCCCCGUUGAGGUGACGGCUGAAGUCCAGAUCACCACAGAAACGAUCGCCGUGGAGCAAGUGUCUUAAUGCCAGUCGGCUGAAAGCAUCAAGUCCGAUUCUUCUUCUAUUCGUCUUUGAGUUCCUAGGAUUACAGAAGACCCAAACGUCCCUCCUGGCUGUCGGGUUGGGAUCCACCAUAACUCACAGCCACAUCACCAACAUCUCCAGGGCGCUGGAGCAACCGUCUUCCUCCUGCAGGAGGUUCUUCGCUGAAAAACGGCCUCUUUUGUUCCCUCUGAGUUUUCUGGAAAGUGAAAAAGAAAAACACAACCUGCUGAGGCAGCGCGUUGCCAGGUUGUGCCAGAGCUGGAAUGAGACGGGUUUUUUCCCUUCCUCUUUGUUGGCUUGUUGAGGAUGUUUACUGGAUUUCCAGAUCCUACCCAACCGGUCAAUCUGGUCGUCCACCGUCUUCUGCUACAGCAGAGCAAUUGUAAAUCUGUUUUCCUCUUAUUUUCUGAUCUUAUAACUGAUUUAGAACAUCAUGUUGUAGUAAUAUAGUAUAUUAAUACUAUCAAAACAAGAACAACUGUAAAUUAUUCCUAUAUCAUGGGGGGCCGGGGAAUACCUACAAACUAUAUUAAAAAAAACAUUUAAAAUGUAUAUAAAAGUGAGAUAAUUGCUAAAGUUUGGUGGCAGUAACCUGGGAUUUAAUUUGACUGUACACUAAAGUCACAGCUCUAUUUGUUUUAUGGUUUUAGGGCAGAAAGUGAUGAAAAUGUUUCUUUACACGUCUUUUAAACAGAAAUAUCUUAAUUUCACAAAAUUAUAGGAAGGUUUUGACUAAAUGCUGCCACUGAUGGUAAUAUGUCCAUAAAAAUAGAUACAUUUAACAUUUCUUUAUAUAUAAACUGUAAAAGUAAAAAAACCUAGCAAAACUUCAGACUUAAUGUAAUGCAAAUUAAAACAUGGUGAACUAACAUUACACAAAAGCUUGGUGGCUUAAUUAAAGGAGAACUAUUUUGAAAAAUCCAAAUUUUGCAUGUUUUUGUUUUUUCGUUUGGGUUUCUGCUGAUUCUAAAACAAUCCAACCGCUUACAGAAAACCAGAAAUGCCUUACUGCCAGCUGUUUUCUGGCAGUAGGUUAAGAUUUUUUUGGUGCCUGGAAAAAGAGCCGCUUCACAAACCUCCCGAUUGUUAAGCCACAUUCCACGGGCACUCUGUCGUUACCUAGCAACCCCUGCAGAGUUCUGCCCGUUACCUAGCAACCUAAGCUGAGCUCCGGCAUGCUUGGUCAGCUGGUUUUACCGCUGUAUGGGCUGGACAAUGGCUGCUAGAAGUAACAAGUGUUUGCUGUUUCCUCACCAUAUAGUAACCACUUGCUGCAUUUCUGUUGGCUGUGCGGGAUGCUCCACUUCUGCUUUUCAAAGAUCUACAGUAAAAUCUCAUUACCCAAGAAUGAUUUUGUGCAAAAACAGUAAUAAACAUGUUUUAGCUCUAUCCUAACUUGUUCAAGGAAUCAUAAUAGGUCACUUUUAGCAAAAUUUUUUUUGGCCACGCAAAUUUUUGACCCCGUUGUUUUUCCAUAUAUUCACUACUUGCUGCUGUAGAUCGCCUGGAAUCUGAACUUUUCUUUGCUGACUGUCAUCAUUACCACCUCAGCCUUGCAUUGCUUUAGUGUGGAUUCAUUUUAAUACAGAUAUGCAUCUAAAUCAGGAUGAUUAUUACAUUUUCCACGCCUCCUGCGUGCUCAGGCGUCCUGCUGCGCUGCCUUCGACUUGCACAAGCUGGUCUGAGUAAUUGCACACCUGUAGGGACGGAUUCCAAUGGCUUUGCUGAGUAAAAACACACCAGGAAUGCGUCUUUGUUUUACUCUAAUCGAUUGCAUCUUGUAGAUCAAAGUUUUCCAAAUGCAUAAAAACAAAAGUUUACAUUGAAAUCAUUUAAGUUUCUAAGCGUAAUUUACGGAGUUUGAGUGGCUGCCGGACGGGUUGAACGGGAGCAGAUAAAAGCCGAGGGAAGCAUUCCCAGGUUUGACGGAUGGCUUCUGCUCGGCACAUUUUUCAUCCUCCUGGCCUCCCAGUCUGAAACUGGUGGAGGUUCAGGGAGAACCACAGGUGUGCUGGAAGCUGUGGGAAAGUUCUCCAGGUGCUGGAAGAGACCGUGACGUCGCCCUGGGUGAUUUCAGGCAGGAUUUUUAAAAGGUUUUUCUGCAUUCAGGCUUGUGUUGAACCGUGGGAAUAGACAUGUUUUUUAUGGGAUCGACAAUCUGUUCCAGCUUGACUCAUAGGCACAUAAACUGAUGAUUCUGGAUGAAAUAAAUCCCCAAAAAGCAAAAAAAGUCUAAAUAUAUCAUCUCCAUAUUAACUGUGCAAAACACACAUUUACAAAUCUGUUAUCCCUGAAGUCUUUAUGGAAGAUUAACACUCAUUCUAUCAUUUUUGCACAAUUACAUACAGUAUAUAUAUAUACACUGCU